AUGACAGUUCAAGGCCAACGCACCCAUCCCCUCCACGCCCUGAGCGAGGAGGAGAUGCUCAAAGCGGCAGACAUCGUAAGAGCACUCGUCAAGGAGAAGUUUGAAGGCAAGGAGGACGUCAGAUUCAAGCACACCACACUUUCUGAACCUCCCAAGUCCUUGCUUCUUCCAUACCUGGAUGCUGAGAGUGACGGUGUUCCUCUCACUGCCCGGCCAUUCGUACCUAGAUGUGCUCAGGUGCUCUAUACCUUCCCUGGCAAGCCAGGCUUCACCGAAACCAUCGUCAGUCUGGACACUGGGACCGAGGUCAAGUCGACAUUAUCUAAGCCUGGUGAUCAUGCCGGCUUUGACAGAGACGAGGUCAUCGCGUUCAAUUAUGCCAUUCUAUCUCACCCAGAGAUCUUGGACGCUAUCAAGAAGUUGGGUCUAGAUCCCAACGUGACAGUCCAAUGCGACACUUGGCCAUUUGGAGCAGACAAAGACUCUUCAUUGGAGACUCCAAGACUGGUUCAGGCUAUGCUUUACGCUAGGGCCCCGCAUAAUCACCUGGAGAGUAACAUGUACUCUUACCCCCUUCCCAUCUCUCCCGUCAUUGACUCGGUCGAUCUGAAACUUAUUCGGAUCGACGUUCUGCCCACUGGUGGCAAGGAGGACGGAGCCGCCAUCCAUACGGCCCCUGAUGCUCCUCUUUCUCACUGCGUUGAGAACGAAUACCACCCCGAUCUUCUGAGCGUCAAGCUUCGGGACGGUCUCAAGCCACUUGUCAUUCAACAGCCUGAAGGACCCAGUUAUACCGUGCAAGAUGGGAACUCUAUCUCUUGGCAGAAGUGGCGAUUUCGCAUUGGCUUCAAUUGGCGAGAGGGCAUGACGAUUCAUGAUGUGAGAUAUGAUGGAAGAAAGACUUUCUAUCGCUUAAGCAUGAGCGAGAUGACCGUACCAUAUGGAGACCCCAGAUAUCCGUACCAUCGUCGACAGGCUUUCGAUCUAGGCGAUGCUGGUGCAGGCCUGACAGCCAACAACCUGAAGCUCGGUUGUGAUUGCUUGGGACACAUCAGCUACUUCGAUGCCUUGCUUACUGCUUCCGAUGGAAAGCCAUACCAAGCCCCUAACGUGAUCUGUCUCCACGAACAGGACGCUGGUAUUGGAUGGAAACAUACCAAUGCCAGAACCGAUGUCGCCGCUGUUACUCGAGCUCGCACCCUCGUAGUCCAGAGCAUCAUCACCGUCGGGAACUACGAGUAUGCAUUCUCAUGGCACUUCUGGCAAAACGGCACCAUCGAGUUUGAGACCAGGGCCACUGGAAUCCUCGCCACCAGUCUAAUCGAUGAGGGCAAGACUAGCCACUGGGGCAACGUCGUGUCUCCCGGCGUUCUAGCCGCCAACCAUCAGCAUCUCUUCAGUCUCCGUAUUGACCCUAUGAUCGAUGGUCUCGAGAAUACGCUCGUGCAGGAAGACUCCAUCGGUUUGCCUAUGUCAGAGGAGAAUCCUUAUGGCAAUGCUUGGAAGCUGCACAAGACCUUUAUCGAGAAGAGUUGUUCCUUGGAUGCCGACCCCCAGAAGGCUCGAGUUUUCAAGAUCGUCAACGAGAAGAAGCUAAACCCCAUCUCCAAGAACCCAGUCGGUUAUAAGGUUAUAGCCCCACCAGCACAGCUCCUAAUGGCCGAUCAAGCCUCUCUCGUCCGCAAGCGUGCUCGCUUCGCAGAGCAUCAUGUUUGGGUGACCCGGUAUAAGGAUGAUGAUCUCUGGGCCGGAGGCAAAUGGACUAACCAGAGUUUGAUUGAGAAGGAUGGUGUGGCCGAUUACGCGGCGAGGAAUGAUAAUGUCCGUGGGGAAGAUCUGGUCGUGUGGGCAACUUAUGGUCUCACACAUAAUCCGCGCGUGGAGGAUUACCCCGUCAUGCCUGCUGAGGCUAUCACUGUUGCGCUGAAGCCUGCUGACUUUUUCGAUCGUAAUCCUGCUCUUGAUGUGCCCCCUAGCACUCAGGCUGUUAACAAGAGCGUGCUAGUUCCUGCAAAUGGUGUCAGUGACGGGGAGGAGCGGGAGGUUUGUUGUCGAUAA